AUUUUAACUUAAACCCUGACCGUUGUGAUAUUUUAAUUACUGCGACUCUGUGAAUGAAUGAACAACAGUAAACUAUGGAACAGUUCACAUAAACUUCUGAGCGCUGAACCUCCUCCUACUUUCACUCCUUAAAAGUCACCAAAAGUGAGUACACGGGCUCUUCAAUCUACAACUGGAGUCCACGGCUGACACUGCCAAGUAAAGGGACAACAACAGUCUUAAAGGAGACCUUGGUAAAUGUAGCAAGAGUAGGUUCAAGUAUUUUUAAACCUUAGUUUAUAGUAACAUUCAUCAAGAGGAAUCUCUGGACACCAUGGAGGAAGCCCUAAACACCACUAUUGAUCCGGCUUGUUUACAGGAGCCACCGCUGGCCAUCGACGUGAUAAAGGGGAUGGACUCGUUUGAAUUUUGCCUGUACUGCAUGCUCACCUUCAUGUCCUGCGUCUCUUUGGUGCUGUACUUGGAGCAAUGCGUCUUUAUUUAUAAUCACAUGCCUUACCCCAAAAAGACCACCAUCAUUUGGGUGAAUGGUGCAGCACCAGUCAUUGCCACCAUGUCUUGUUUUGGGAUGUGGAUCCCAAGGGCAGUCAUGAUCACAGACAUGACAUCUAACUGUUAUUUUGCAGUGGUGGUCUAUAAGGUGUUGGUUCUGAUGAUCGAGGAGUUGGGGGGAACCAAUAUGUUCCUGGAGAGGUUUUCGGGUAAAACUGUAAGGAUCAACACUGGACCCUGCUGCUGCUACUGCGCCUGUUUACCCCGCGUGCCCAUGACACGGCGAUUGUUAUUCUGGCUGAAGGUGGGUGCUCUUCAGUAUGCCAUUCUUAAGACGGCGCUCUCUGUCGUCUCUGUGGUUUUGUGGACCAACGGCAACUUUGAUCUCUCUGAUCUAGAGAUCACUGGUACAGCUAUUUGGAUUAACCCAUUCAUUGGUGUACUCACCAUCAUCUCCUUGUGGCCUGUUGCCAUUGUCUUCAUGAACUCAAACAGCUUUCUACUCAGCCUCAACAUUGUACCCAAGUACGCCAUGUACCAAUUAGUACUUGUGUUGAGUCAGCUGCAGACAUCAAUCAUUAACAUCCUGGCCUUGGAUGGAACCAUCGCUUGUGCUCCUCCUUUCUCUUCAAUAGCUCGUGGAUCAUUGCUGAGUCAGCAGAUGAUGAUCAUGGAGAUGUUCAUCAUCACCCUUGUCUGUCGAUUUCUGUACCGUCGCACAUAUGACAAACUUCCUCCUGAAGCACAUGACAACCACCUGAAUGCUCAAGUGUCCCUGCAGGCUGCUCUGGUGGAGCAUGAUGUCUAAAACAAGAGACAGUGGAAGAGCUGAAGUCGACACUGCUCCUUAAAGAUGUAUCAUAUCAUCGUGCCUGAAAGAUCAUCAAAUAUUAAUGUUAUAGUCAUGGUAAUACACUGUUGUUGUUUUUUUUUUAUUUUUAUUGUUUUUUUUUACAUUUUCUCAUUUACGCAAAUGUUAGAGAAGAAAACGUGCAAAACAAAUAACUGAACACCAAAAUUAUGGCCCCCUUCAAAAAAAGUCCCACUGAGUAUUGUUGGGUGUUUGGGUUAUCAAGAGCAACUCUUAUUGAGGAAAAUAUGUGUUUACUGCUUUUUUUUUUUUACUUAAAAAAAUAAUAUAUAUUUUUUUAAAUAGUACAAAUUCGAUUUUGUUUGCUUGCAUUGUAUGGAAGUGAAGGUAGAAAAAGUAGGGUUGGAAACAUUAAAACUUUUACAAGCGAAACAAAGAUUUCAGAUAUUGGAGUUGAGAUGUUGGUGACCUUUGAAAGAAAUAGUGAACUAUUCUUUUUUUCCCUCAGAGAGGUAGGUGAGAACAUACUAUGUCAUGCUUUACAGUGUGUAUAGCUGUAAGAUAGACAACAGGUAGACUCUGUCUAAAAAUAACAUCAUUUACGUACACUUGAGCCAGCCUCUGCAUUGGCUUCAUUUUCAACACUGAAAGUUGCUGCUUGAUAAAUACAACAGUUAAACUCCUCAUAGAGCAUAUCAAAUAAUAACAUCUAUUUAUUUGUUUUUAUGUGUGUGUCUGUGCAUGUUUUGUGUGUGAGAGAGUUAAAGUUGUAGUGAGACCUAUUACAUCUGAUGUCGUUUUUUAUUUGUAAGAUAGUGGGUGGUAACUUCUGACCCAGUAUUCAGUUGUUUAUGUAAUAAUGUAUUCAUUACUGAGCCCAAAUUACAUUUACUUUAAGUGCUGAUACAAGCACUUAAUGUACAUUUAAUAAAAAUGAUCUACUCCUUUAAUGUGAUUUUGUAAGGAGGAAUUUAAAGCACUGCACAUUUUGAAUUCUGUUUCAAUCUCAUGUUAUCCUUUGCUCUGUGAAAAUACUAGGAGAAACAUUAGAGUGAUAUAUUUAGACAUAUUAUAUUGUGUCCUCAACAACUGUGAGCCAGUGUGUCUUAAAACAGCCCAGGAAAACAUCCAGAUUUUUUCAAAGAUUACUGACCCACUUACUCAGACUUAUUUGGGACAGGGAAUACAUGCAGAUGAGACAGCAGCUUUAUUUUAAGACUUGUUUUACAUUUUACAGCCGUCUACAGUCACAUGUUGUUUCUUCAGCUACCACUAGAGGCCAUACUUGUUCCAUCCCCACAAACCAUCCAUAAACAUUAUUGUUAUUAAUUAAUCGAUUCUUCAAUACAGAACUUAGCUGCAAACCUAAGCUCACAUUACUGUUUUAUAAAAGGGAUAUAAAAAUGUUGACUUAAUUUUUGAUCCAUAGGUUUUACAGGGGCCAUUGUGUAAUAUUGGCAACUGGUAUAAUGCUCUUUUAUUUUAUAAACCUGACUAAAAUUUGAAUUUUACAAGAAAAUGCAACAAAACCAAGAGUUUUGGUUACUACUAUUGGAUAUGCAUUGAGUUAUUCAUAUUUCUUCUAUUAAACCUCUUUACAAAAAUCUGAA